CUUUGGUUGCGAACGACCCACGUUGCACAAGCAAGGCAGGGCUCCAGCAUUUCUGCCCUUGCUGAUUAAUUCAGCAUUCAAAGUGCAUAUUUUGAUCACAGCGUGAUCAGGAUGCUUGUUUCGGUUCGCGCUUUGACGGGCUUGACCCGAGCUUCGUCCUUCUGUUUCGUCUCUCGUCGUUCGUUAGCGACGCGUCCACUGAGCAAGGUUGUUGGUUCGGCCAAGGAGGCCUUGCAAGGCGUCGAUUUGUCCGGUGCUACGAUUGCUGCCGGUGGCUUUGGUUUGGGUGGCAUCCCGGAAACUCUUUUGAACGAAAUUAGUCGGACAGAGUCCGCCAAGGAUUUGACCAUAGUAUCGCUGACGGCGGGUGUCGACGGGUUCGGAAUCGGACGUUUGCUGGAAGCGAACAAGGUCAAGAGGCUCAUUAGUUCCUACGUUGGCGAAAACAAGUUUUUAGAACAAGAAUUCUUUGCUGGGCGUCUGGAAGUCGAGUUGACGCCGCAAGGGACCAUCGCGGAGCGUUUGAAUGCCGCGGGAGCGGGUAUCCCUGCCUUUUACACACCCACCGGAGCAGGGACUAUCUACUCUAAAGGUGGAAUUCCCAUCCAGUACGUUCCGGACGGCAGUGGCAAUGUCGCCAUCGCCAGUGAAGCUCGCGAGACCCGCGUCUUUGACGACAUUGAGUAUGUUUUGGAGCACUCACUCAAGGCGGGUGUUGCCAUCGUCAAAGCUUACAAGGCGGAUACGCGUGGAAAUCUCAUAUUCAAGGGAACUUCGGCCAACGCCAAUCCCGAUUGUGCCAUGGCCGGGAAAAUCUGCCUUGCCGAGGUUGAAGAGAUUGUGGAAGCGGGUGAAAUUGGACCAGACGAAGUUCAUCUUCCUGGAGUAUACGUACACAAGGUACUGCUGGCUGCCGACAACGAAAAGCGUGUCGAACGAUUAAAGUUACAGGACGGUUCCCAAAAGGGCGUCAUCGUGGGCGGGCGUGGACGGAUUAUGCGACGGGCAGCGAAAGAAUUUGAAAACGGCAUGUACGUGAAUUUGGGCAUUGGUAUUCCAACCAUGGCGUCCAACUAUGUUCCCGAAGGAAUACAGAUUGAGUUGCAGGCGGAAAACGGACUCAUGGGAAUUGGACCGUACCCAUCUUCUGAGUUGACCGCUAGCCCGGACUACAUCAACGCCGGUAAAGAAACAAUCACUCCAUUGCGCGGAGCAUCAACAUUUAGCUCGUCCCGAUCCUUCGGUAUGAUUAGAGGAGGUCACAUUGACUUGACUAUUUUGGGGGGUCUACAAUGCAGCGCGUCCGGAGAUCUAGCGAGCUGGAUUGUACCAGGAAAGAUUGUCAAGGGCAUGGGAGGGGCCAUGGAUCUCGUCAACGCCAUUGGAUCUCGUGUCGUUGUUACAAUGGACCACACAGCCAAGGAUGGAUCUCCCAAGAUUCGGGAUAAGUGCAGUUUGCCAUUGACAGGCCACAACGUUGUGGACCGAAUCAUUACCGACAUGGGCGUCUUCGAUUGCGAUAAGAAAGGUAAGGGCGGUCUUACGCUGGUGGAAAUUGCACCCGGUGUUUCGGUAGAUGAUGUUCGAAAGGCAACCGCUUGUGACUUUAAAGUUGCAUCCAGCCUUCCUCGGAUGGACAACGAGUAAAUACAAUCUAGUCUCCGGGAGACAAACAGGAAGCUAAUUUAAGCGGUUU